AUGACACACGGACAUGCUCUACGGAACAGCUCCAACUACUUCGCCACUGCGAUGGACAUCCAGUGUGCAGUAACCAAAGACAACAAACCAAUCGCCCUACCGGAUAUCACAGUAGAAGACUUUGCUGUAUACGCCAAGUUUCUGUACACAGGGCUGCUCUUCACGCAAGAGGCCAAUGUCGCAGAGCUCACGCGGUGCCUGCUUUUGUAUAAAACAGCCAGAUACCUUGAAGCUAUGGAUUUCCAGGACGCCACAGUUGACGCGCUUAUCGAGAAUAUCCUCGAAUUCCGUGCGCUCAAGGGCCAAUGCCGCUUUACGGCGACCCAGAUUACGACCAUCUACGCCAUGACUGAAGACGGCUCGCCUCUACGCAAGUUCGCACAAGAUCUGUGCUUGCAGUCAAAGGAGCCACAAGGCUUCGAAAAGAAACAACUGAAAGAAUUCCCGGGCGACUUUCAGCUCGAUCUGUUGACAGCUGCUGCACCCUUCAUCACUUCUUCGGCGAAAUCAACCGACAUGAAGGACCCACUUGACCUCAGUAGAUCUUGCAAGUAUCACGGACAUGCAGCUGUCGCCCAGUCUUGCUACAGAACAAAGUAUCAGUUCAUGAUGGAGGAGCCGAUCGUAGUUGCAGCGAGGAUUAUAGUAAAGACGUCAUCAGAUGCUGGAGGAAGACGACAUAUUGAAUGCCUAGAGAGCAACGAUUUCGAGUUGAGGGUUUGA